UCCCGCGCAUGCGCAGUUGCCGCAAUGGCGCCGCUCCGGGUCCAUGUCCUUUACUGCGGAGCCUGAGGCUACAAACCCAAGUUUGAGCAGCUCAGGCGGGAGCUGGAGCGGCGCUUCCCGGGAGCUCUGGACGUGAGCGGCCAGGGCACCAAGGAGGUGACGGGAUGGUUUGAGGUGACCGUGGGGGGACACCUGGUCCACUCCAAAAAGAACGGCGAUGGUUUCGUGGACAGUGACCCCAAGCUGCGCAGGAUCGUGGCCGCCAUCGAGUCCCAGCUGGCCUAGGCCCCUCUAGGGGGGCCCCUGUCGCGACAUGUCGCCGAUAUCGCGGGAGAUAUCGCGGGAGAUAUCGCGGGAUUUGGCGGGAUAUCGCGGGAUAUCGGGACAUGUCGCGACAGCGCUGACCCCUCCCCCGGCCCCCCCGGGCCCUCCCCGCGCUCCAUGACGGGAAUCGCCGAAACGCCGCCGGCACCGGGCGAGUCCCAGAGCCCGCACGGGCGGCUCCGGGGGCUGGGGAGGGGUCGGAGACCACCCCAAAUCCCCCCAAAUUCACCCCAAAAUCAUCAGAUUUUACCCCAAAUCCCUUUGUCCCACCCCAAAUCCCCCAAAUUUCAACCCAAAUUCCUUUAUCCCACCCCAAAUCCCCCAAAUUUCACCCCAAAUUCCUUUAUCCCACCCCAAAUCCCCCAAAAUUCACCCCAAAUUCCUUUAUCCCACCCCAAAUCCCCCAAAAUUCACCCCAAAUUCCUUUAUCCCACCCCAAAUCCCCCCAAAUUCACCCCAAAAUCAUCAGAUUUCAUCCUAAAUCCCUCAAAAUUCACCCCAAAUUCAUCAGAUUUCACCCCAAAUCCCCCAAAUUUCAACCCAAAUUCAUCAAAUUUCACCCUAAAUCCCUUUGUCCCACCCCAAAUCCCCCAAAUUUCACCCCAAAUUCCUUUAUCCCACCCCAAAUCCCCCAAAUUUCACCCCAAAUCCCUCAAAAUUCACCCCAAAUUCAUCA